CUCAUAAUCCUCAAGACACCAACUCUGUUAAAUAAUGAUAUUCCCACUGUUAUUCACUGCAAUAUUAUUUGAGCUAAUCGCCUCAAUGGGCACAUUUGGGGCACUAGUCGCCCAGCAUCUGUACACAAACAGUGCCACGGGCUGGUACAUCCAUCUCAACUGGACCUUUGUGUACUCGUAUAUCGUCACAAUCUUUAGCACCAUCAUUGCAUUCUUCCUGAUGCUAGGCGCGCUGGUGCGCGGCACGCCGCACGCUGGCAAAUACUGCACCUGCCUAUUCCAUUCUGCGGGACUCUUCCUGUUCGGCUUUAUAUUCUCAGUGCUCUGGAUCGUUAUCGUCAGCUUUGCCUACCGCAACCCGCUGCCAAUCCACUACCCAUGUGACAUCUUCCGUCAUCUCCGUGCCAACCUCACAAUGCUUGGCCUGUCAUCUGGCAAGUCGGUUAUUGAAGAGGGCGGGCUACUGGUAGGCAUUUGUCAGGCCAGUAAGGCGUUCCUGGUGCUUGCUGGCAUGGGCCUGGCGUUCUGGAUUCUGAUUUUUGUGCUAUCGUGCGUGGCCAUGACUGUCGGGCUGGAUAACCCGCAAGCCAAGCCUGCAGAAGGCUCAAGACGCUCGCUUCGCUCGAUGAUCACUGGCCGCACACGCCGCUCCGUCCAGCCACCGGUCGCCGUCCCAGUUCCGCCAACUGAAAUAGUCCACGACGGGUACCGUGGCGAUGCUGUCCGGCCACGAAGCAUCCGCGCACCCACGCCGCCGCCAGCCCGCCCCCGCCCAGCUCGCCCGCCAUCAGCAGCCCAGGCUUGCAAGCACUGCCACGAGUCCAUCCACGAUUCGCCGUCGCGCUCUCGGCCAGUUGCGCAGGAACCCCGCACCACUGAGGCGCCGGCAAGGUCAGCUGGGCUGGCCAAUCCCAAUGAUGCGUUCUACGACCAGGAGUACGAGUCGCCGCACAGAUCGCCAAAUGACCGGCGGUUCAGGCGCACCAUUGAAGAGGACGCGACCGGCGACGAGGCUGAGGAUGAGCGGUUCGAAGAUCACCAUGUCGAGAGCCAGCAUUCGCAUUCGCAUUCGCAUUCGCCCCACUCACAGACCCGCAGAGAGCGGCUCAGGCAGCUGUUUUCCCCGUGACGUCAAUGUGUAGAUCGGAUGUGCUCCGAAAGUCUCCGAAAUCAAGUUUUACUCCUAGCUUCCUUCUCAUGUUCCUGCGCAAUUUCAGUGUCCACAUGCCGCAUCCAAGGCGCUCUUGCCCAAAUUAGAAAAUUUGUCCACCGUCAUCUGAGCUGGCUUGGCUGUUUUCUUGCCUGCUGACUGCAGUUUUAUUGAAGGGUCACUUUUUUUCCUUUGUCAGUGUGGCA